CACCGAUCGGACUGGACCCCAUAAUAUUGACGGCCAAGUCAUGUUCACACCCGUCAUGCUUCUUUUGCUUCAGACUGAUCAAAUCCUUUGCUCAUUCUGCCUCCUCUGGCCCAGCCCGCCAUCCUGAGAAGACAGAAGAUGACGGCGCUUCCGGGUGCCGAAUGAUCCAUUCUCAACCUGCUCACCAAGGCAAUGUCGCCAUGGCCGUGCCGGCACGCAAAGUAAAGUUCGUCGCGUCAGAUCCCGCCCGCGGCGGUUUGCCCGUGAAACGACGACAGGUCCAGCAGGCCUGUCUGUCGUGCAGGCGCAAGAAGGUAUCGUGAUGCCUGGUUCCUGUCACCUUUCCUUUGCCAGAUGUCUAGACGUACGGCCUGCUUGC